GCCAUUUAGCAACAGAUGAGCAACGCGAUACAUGUUGAUUUUUGGGCAGCCGGAGACAAGCAUUGCCAUUGACAGGGUGCUUUAAAGUUCUACUUCUGACUGUGUAAUGGUUGUCCGGGUCGCUGUGCUUCCCUUCCUUCUUGCACUGUAGGCUGGCCAGUGUUUUAGAGGCUUCAUUUUCCAGAAACCGCGUGUUAUAGCUGGCAGUCACUUUCUCUGACGGAUCGCUAUGGAUGGGCUAUGGAUGAUAGCGCUGCUGCUGAUUCCGCUCCUGAUGUGGACCAGCAGCACGUUUGUUUUUUAUUUCAAAAAGUGCUUUUACGUCGCCUGGAUGAUGGUGUUGGCGCUUUUCGCGAUUCCUCUGUGUAUACUGAAAAGCGGGGGCAGAGACGUUGAAAACAUGAGGAUUAUCCGCGGCUUGGUUCGUCAUGUGAAGUAUUUCCUGGGCCUUCGAUUUGAUGUGAGCGGUUGGGAGCAUCUGCAGACAGAGGGACCCUACGUCAUCAUCUCCAACCACCAGAGCUCCCUGGAUGUUUUGGGCCUGAUGGAGAUCUUACCGGACCGCUGCACCAUGAUUGCCAAAAAGGAGUUGAUCUACGCCGGCACAGUAGGUCUCAUUUGCUGGCUGGGUGGCAUUGUCUUUAUCAACCGCAAGAAGACCAACGACGCCAAAAAUGUCAUGACUGACGCUGCCAAAACCAUGUUGGACGACCAGAUUCGUCUGUGGGUAUUCCCAGAGGGAACGCGAAACCAGAGAGGUGGCCUGCUACCUUUCAAGAAAGGUGCUUUUCACCUGGCGGUGCAGGCACAAGUUCCCAUCAUACCCAUCGUUUUCUCCUCAUACAGCAACUUCUACCUACGGAAAGAAAAGCAGUUCAAAUCGGGGACCAUCAGAUUGAAGAUCCUUCCAAAGAUCGACACAAAGGGGAUGACAUCAGAGGAUAUUUCAUCCCUCUCUGACAAAUCCUUCAACUUGAUGCUCUCUGCCUUCCAUUCUAUCUCUGACUCCGUAACCCAGAGCAACGGGCCGUCGCGGCACUGAAACAUUUACCACGCUCCCGCCUCUUUUUUUCCCCCUCUAUGUCCCUGUCUGAGAUCCAUCCCUCCCCCAGAUCUCCCCAAGUUGUCCCAUUACAUGGCCAGGAAACAACAUGACAUUGGUGUCUUGUCAUGAAAUCUCUUGUCUAGUUGACGCCGGGUCCAGUCUGCCUCUGGCCUGACCACACAGCACAGUCAGUCCCGACCCUCACUGUGUCUGCGGCAGCAGCAGCCGCGCUGCUCUGCACGCCGUGAGCGGAGUGACGGACGGCAAACCGAAAACAGUAUAGAUGUGUGUUCUUCUUCAUGCAUGCCUUUUUGGAUGGCUCUGUCCACCAUCAUCUUUUCUUUGCUCUCUGGCUUUGGAAGCCUGGCUUUAUUUUUUCUUAUUGUCUUUUAUCAUCUCCAUUUUGUACUGUUUCUUUUUGGCCUUUUUCUUUUUUUUCCUCCACCUGCCUUCUGUUCAGCAGAUACUCCUCUGCAUUUUUUUUUUUCUGUUUUAUAAAUCACAUCUCAUUAUCUCAUUUAUUUUAGUUCUCCUUGGAUGCUCUUGUACACACAUACACAAACACUCACUCACUCACAUGCUCACACUCUCAUUCUCAUACACUCACAAUUCAAAGUACCACAUCACCUUCCUUUCUUCUUGUGUGUUCUUCCCCCCCUCCCCCGUUUCUGCAUUCCAGUCUCUUGCCUAAAGACAAAAGGAGCGGGGUCUCCGUGAGUUUUGGAGUGUGUGGAGGUGAGAGGUUGACACCGGUCGACCAUGGACUUAAGUUCUGUUGCUGUGAAUUCAACUUUAUAUUCAUAUUGGCUUUUCAACUCAAUAACUGUUUGCUCCAUGACAAUGACAUACUUCAUGGUGUCAGAAUGCAAGGUGUUCAGGACUACAAGAUACAGCACUUAAUAACAAUAGCACCCAUCUGUACUGAAUUAAUGGACUAAAUAGGACAGAUCAGUGUUGUGCAUUGUGGUGUAUCAUUGUACAUUCAUUCAUUCAUUCUGUCGGUCCAAAAGAUUUGAAAUAUCCUGCGUGCAGCAUUGAGCAACAAGUGUCUUCUCCAUGUUUUUUUGCUUUCUAUUUAUUUAUACAUCAUUUAUUUCUUUGCUCCUAGUCAUAGAACUCACAAGUGAACCUAUUUAAGAUGUGUCAAAAGAUGUCAUAUUGUACAAUGUCCAACUGUUUUUGUUUUAUUUUUUUUUAGCAUUAAUGUUCCAAAGUGCAAGCUUCCUGCUGUGCCAUGACUGAGUGUUUUUGAGACGUUUCCAAAGUAAGACCAUUAUUAUCUCACUUUGACCUGCUUAAUCAGUUCUCCACUGACUGAUUUCACUUUACCAAUGAUAUAAGGUAGCUGCUUUUGAAAAGGGGUAAAACGUGUGAAAAAUUGUGAAAUGAUUUUAGAUCUCGAGCGCUUCUUUGAACUGGUCUGAUUUUUAUUUGUUCUGAUUAACUUGAAGAUUCACUAAUUACAAACAAAACUGGCAUACUUACAUCUUUAAUGGUUGUCCCUGUUUUUUUUUUUUUGUAUCAGUACAAAAAGUGAAUAACAUUGUUUUAAUUGUGAUUCAGUUAUAACUUAACCUCCAUAGAAGAAUUUUAGAUUAUUUCAGAAGUGUUUGCCUUAAGUUUGAUUGGUGGUUGUUGUUGCACCUUUGAUUGUUCGGCUAGUUUGCGUAUGCUUAAUCUACGUUGUGUAAUAUGUACUGACAAUGACUUCUUACCGCAUAGAACCAACUGAACUGUUUAGGUUUACAUCCAGGUUUAACAUAUUACAUUGCUCACUGCCUUUACACUGCAAAAUCACUUAUUUUGCCAGUUUUUGCCCAUCAAACCCCAUCUGAGAAUGUAUUUCAGCAUUCAGGAUAUUUGUGUACUACUAAUUGCAUCUUAUUGUCCCAUUAUUAUUGGGCAAUAAUAUUCUAUUGCAUUAACGUGGGAUGUUGUCUUGCAUACAGUCGGUGUCACAUAAGGAAAUGUAUUUAUUUGACCAUUUAAAUGUUGAAUUUAGAUUGGCUUGUGCGCACAAACCUUCUGAGGAGAUCAUCUUGUGAAUGGAUUUAUCAAUACUUUGGUACUAAGCCUGUACGUUCCUGUUCAUGGGUAGCUUCAGUGAUACCUGCUGGGCUUUCAGCUUUAAGUACAUGUGAUGGUGAGGUUUUCAAUCAUGUUCAAGGCCAGUAUAGAAUAUAGCCCCCUACAAAAACUAAUUGGUCUUUUUGUUUUCUUAGUUUGAAUAUAUUAACAUUUUCAUUUGUAAGGGCAGAUUUUACUUUUGCAGCAAGUGGUUUGAAUGUUAUAAAAGGACUCUACCAAAUUGAUAUCUUCCAAAAUAUGAACUAUACCAUAUACAUUUUGCUAACGGGAGUGUGUUAUCCAUUUAUUUCCAGUUCAUUUCCUCCUUAUUUUGUAAUACAAAUGUGUGAUUUGUAAGCUUUGUGUCAUAAGCUUGAACUUGUGGCGAACUGGCUCUGCAACAACCCUGCUGGUUGUUUUUAUGGCAGUUGUUUACGAAAAAAGAUACUGUAAGAUAAACUAUUCUAAGUAUUCUGAACCUUAAUAAAGCACUUUUCAUGCUGAGUUUGGGUGGAAAAAGGACUUCAAGUGUUUUUGUUGUUUUUUUUAUUUUCCCCAAAGCUAUUAAAGUGUAAUUGGUGGUAGCUUUACAUCGAUAUGAGAAACGGAGCCGACAUCCUGCAGAGCCUUGUAUGUGUGUGGUCCCUUAUUGUAUGUGUGUGUAAAUAUGCACACAUGGUAUAGACGCCCAUAUAGUAUCUGGUUAUUAUUAAUGAUGUAGUGUUCUUGACUUCACCUAUUCUAGGUAAACGUGAAUGUCUUGCAAAAGAAUAAAUAAAAAUCAAUUCUAUUUUUUUCUUA